CCAGCUUGUGAGCGUGAGCAGUGAGACCAUGUGUCUGGACGGCGGCCCAGGAGAGCCCAGGACUAGACUUCGUCCACCUGCACAGGUUUACGUUGAAAAGCUUGUCAGAGCAUCAUGAGCUGGAGCUUCCUCACUCGCCUCCUGGAAGAAAUCCACAACCACUCCACCUUUGUGGGGAAAGUAUGGCUGACCGUCCUCAUCAUCUUCCGGAUUGUACUGACAGCGGUCGGAGGUGAGUCCAUCUACUCCGACGAACAGACCAAGUUCACCUGCAACACCAAGCAGCCGGGCUGCGACAAUGUGUGCUACGACGCCUUCGCUCCGCUCUCGCACGUCCGCUUCUGGGUCUUCCAGAUCAUCAUGAUCUCCACCCCCUCCAUCAUGUACAUGGGAUACGCCAUCCACAAGAUUGCUCGCAGUUCAGAGGAGGACCGUCGGAGGCAGCAGAGACUGCGCAGGAAGCCGCCUCCUCACUCCAGGUGGCGGGACAGCCACCACCUGGAGGACGUCUUGGAGGACGACAAGGACGACGAGGCGGAGCCCAUGAUCUACGAGGACACGGCGGAGGUGCAGGAGAACAAACCCCAACCGGCGAGCAAAGACCCGCCCAAGCAUGACGGGCGCAGGAGGAUCAUGCAGGAGGGACUGAUGAGGAUCUACGUCCUGCAGCUCAUGUCUCGAGCUGUGUUCGAAGUGGCUUUCUUGGCAGGACAGUACCUACUGUAUGGAUUUCGGGUCAGUCCUUCGUACGUGUGCAACAGAGUGCCGUGUCCUCACAGGGUGGACUGCUUCAUCUCCAGGCCCACGGAGAAGACCAUCUUCCUCCUCAUCAUGUACGUGGUGAGCUGCCUCUGUCUGGUGCUCAACGUGUGCGAGAUGCUGCACUUGGGAAUUGGAACUUUUCGGGACACUCUGCGGAUGAAGAGGAACCACGGCCGACGGACGUCCUACGGAUACCCCUUCUCUCGCAACAUCCCCGCCUCUCCUCCCGGGUACAACCUGGUGAUGAAGACGGACAAGCCCGGCAGGAUCCCCAACAGCCUGAUGACCCACGAGCAGAACAUGGUGAACGUGGCCCAGGAGCAGCAGUGCACCAGCCCCGACGAGAACAUCCCAUCUGAGCUGGCCAGCCUGCACCGACACCUGCGGGUGGCGCAGGAGCAGCUGGACAUGGCUUUCCAAACAUACCAGACCAAACACACCCAGCAGACCUCCAGAGCCAGCAGCCCAGUGUCCGCAGGGACCGUUUCCGAGCAGAACCGGGUCAACACGGUCCAGGAGAAGCAGGGCGCCAGGCCCAAGUCCGCCACAGAGAAGGCGGCAACCAUCAUAAAGAAUGGAAAGACGUCGGUGUGGAUCUGAGAGAAACGAGCCGUGAUCUUUAUGGAGGAGAAACCUCAGCAGAGAACAACAAUCAGGACUCAGCAGGAUUGG